UCUUUGCAGAUAAGGCCGAGGUAUUUCUCAAAAUGAAGACUGUCCUUGUAUUCAUCGCCCUGCUUGUGGCUGUUCAAAGCAACAAACUAGUUCCCAAAGCAAAGGGAGAUGUGAAAGUGCAAUGCUCCGAGACCAUUCAAGUUGGAAAUGCUUCAUACACAUUUUAUAAGUGUCCAAAGGAUUACUAUGGAGCUGUGGAAAUGUGCACAUCCAAGGAUAAAAAAAACAACUUGCUGUCUAUCCACUCCCAUGAAUUUCAUGUGAAAGUUAUUGAAAAACUGAAGCAUUACAAUAUAACUAGCUAUGAAAUCUGGAUUGGGGCCACAAAAGGCAAAUGGAGUAAUACUUAUUAUUGGACAGAUGGAAGCCAAAUGGACUAUCAGUACUGGGCCCGUGGUUCCCCUUCUCAUGGCUUUUUUUAUUCAGCUUGCGUGCUGAUGGAAACAAAAGAACCAGGAUACUGGCAUGAUGUGGACUGCUACAAGCGCAGACCUUUUGUCUGUGAAAGUAAACCAGGAAAAAGUCACUCAAGAUAAUGUGCAUCGGUCUCUGCUUUGUAUCACUUGCUUGAUUCAUUAUUAUUAACGUUGGGGUAGCUGACUCACUGGAGCUUAGAGGAUCUGAUCCAUUUUGCUGUAAAUGAUAUUUCUCACAUUGUUAUUAAAGAAGGACUGGUGUGUACUUAACUUGGAAGUGCAAAGUUUGUUAUUAGUUUGUUGUCUGUCUUAAACAGUAAGAAAUUGAUUCAAGGAAUUUAUGAAUCAAAAACAAACCAGCUUGCUCUUAAAAGUGAUGAUGGUUAUAAUUUUUAUUAACAGUCUCUUUUUCUGUCUCAGAAGAAAGGAUUUCUUAUGAGGUCACCGAUUUUGCUGAUUGUUUGCUUUGUUUUGCACAUUCUGACGAGGUUAUGUGCUAGAUAUUUUCAUUAUUCUGUAAUAAAGAGUGACCGAUACGUAACAAAACAUUACAAAAUACUUUGAAGCUGAUUGGAAAUAAUAAAAUAUGUUAUUGUGCAA